UGGGCUCAGCUUGCAUGCUAGCUGAAUGGGCAGAUGAGGAGCUGCUAGCCAUGCUAAAAUGUAUACACAAAUGUAGUAUCAUACUGUAUGUGAAAUUAUAACCUCUCAGGGACAUGUGAAAAGUGAUUACUUGUGCCCGCUAUUUUGGAUGUACAGAGCUCAAAGGGAAGCAUAGCAGGUGGAUGAAGAUGGAGGUGGAUCUAGACGUGGACCUGGCGGGGCUGGAGGAGGAGCUGCAGGAGGAGCUGGGCGUGUCCCUGGCCGAGCUGAAGCAGCUGAUCGAGGAGGAGGUGGAGAAGAGCGAGAUGGUGCAGCAGAGGAAAGCCCAGCUGGCAGAGCUGUCCACCUGGGUGGAGCAGAAGGAGAAGGAGGUGGCCGACGUGGACGGCCUCUGCCUCACCGCCUCAGAGUCCGUGGGGGAGUGUGAAGAGCUGGUUAAGCAGGUCUACAGUAACAUGGGGCUGGCGUACACGGAGAGUGGCUCGGACGACGACAGCUGCGUGAUGGAGAGUACAGAGGUCAUCGAGAUCGACGAUGAUGAUGACGACGAUGACGUCAUCGCCGUGGGCUGUGUGGUGCCACCCAAACAGAGAACACCAGUCAAGGACCCCAUGCUGAAGGAGGCGUCUGCGGCUCUCCAGCGGACCUCUCAGCAGGUGCAGAUGCUGGCCCAGACCGUCUCCCCUCCUGGCCCGCCCGGGCCCGGGCCCAAGCACACCACCACCUCCUCCAUCAGCAGCAUGGGCCACACGCCACCCAAGCCGGCCUCCAUCCACACAGGGGGGCUCUCCAUGCCGGCGGUGUUUGUGUCCCAGGGGCCCCGCAACUGCCCCACCCAGCCCAACCUUUCAUUCAAGGAGGAGACCAUGAAGGUGGAUAUGACCCUACUGGCCAAGAAGCGUAACAAGACUUGGCACAGGGGCACACUCAUAGCCAUCAAGGCUGUAGGUAACACAUUCAAGUACAAGGUGAAGUUCGAGAACAAGGGCAAGAGCCUGCUGUCCGGUAACCACGUGGCGUUCGACCACAACCCCACGAUCGAGAGGCUUUACGUGGGCGCGCGCGUCGUCGCUAAGUACAAGGACGGCAACCAGGUGUGGCUGUACGCCGGCAUCCUGGCAGAGAUGCCCAACAGCAAGAACCGCAUGAGGUUCUUGAUCUUCUUUGAUGAUGGCUAUGCCUCCUACGUGGUUCUUCCAGAACUCUACCCCGUCUGCAGACCAUUGAAGAGCUCUUGGGAGGACAUAGAGGACCAGUCGUGUCGUGACUUCAUCCAGGAGUACGUCCAGUCCUACCCCAACAGGCCCAUGGUGCUGCUGAAGCCGGCCCAGCUCAUCAAGACGGAGUGGGAGGGCACCUGGUGGAGGAGCAGAGUGGAGGAAGUAGACGGCAGCCUCGUCAAGAUUCUCUUCCUGGAUGAUAAGCGUAGUGAGUGGAUCUAUCGGGGCUCUACACGUCUGGAGCCGAUGUUCAACCUGAAGAUGAACACGGCAAAUAACCAGGAGAAGAAGAUGGCUGGAGGACAACAGAGGACCAGGCCUAAUAUGGGUGCUUUGAGGAACAAAGGACCUGUGGUUCAGUACAGCACCGGACCUCAAGAUAGCUCUCGCUCCCAAAUGACCCACCCAAGCCCCCCCAAACCCAUGAACCCCCAACAGGGCUUCCGUGGCGAUGCUCCGGACCCGCGGCUGAAGUACCAGGUGGCUAAGAAGAGCACCACCCCCUACAUCCCCCAGAGCCUGGUCCAGCGCAACCCCUUGCUGCCUGGACACCAGAGCACCAUACGCACCGUGGUGCCCUUGCCCAACCAGGGAGCACAGUCCAAGUACUUCCUGGUGCAGGCUGGCGUGGUCCAGACCCUGGGCGCCGGCCACCCCGUGCUCCCCACCCCUCACCCCUCCCUCCCGGUGGUGGCGGCCGCCCCUCCCCCCAUGCCGGUGGUGAGCGAGCGCAUCCCCCAGGAGCAGUCGUACCAGGCGCCCAGCGAGCGCCUCUUCUACGUGGCGCACGCCUGCACGCCGGACUGCCUGAAGCGCUUGCGGCCCCCCCGGCCGGACAUGUACCGCGGCCGCAACCCGCUGCUCACGCCCCUGCUCUACGAGUUCAGGCGCAUGACCGGCCGCCGACGCCUCAACCGCAAGAUGUCGUUCCACGUGAUCUACAAGUCUCCGUGUGGGCUGUGCCUCCGCAGCAUGGCGGAGAUCGAGCGCUACCUCUUCCAGACGCGCUGCGACUUCAUCUUCCUGGAGAUGUUCUGCCUGGACCCCUACGUCCUCGUGGACCGCCGUUUCACGCCUGCGCGGCCCUUCUACUUCCUGCGCGACAUCACCAACCAGAACGAAGACGUGCCCAUAUCGUGCGUCAACGAGAUCGACAACACCCCGCCGCCACGCGUCGUCUACAGCAAGGAGAGGAUACCGGAGGACGGCGUCUACAUCAACACCAGCGACGACUUCCUAGUGGGCUGCGACUGCACUGAUGGAUGCAAAGACAAGUCCAAGUGUUCGUGUCACCAGUUGACAAUUCAGGCCACUGGCUGUUCUCCGGGUGCACAGCUCAACACCAAUGCUGGAUAUGUCAACAAGCGUCUGGACGAAUGCCUGCCCACCGGGAUCUACGAGUGUAAUAAGCGAUGUAAGUGCUGUUCCCAGAUGUGCAGUAACCGCCUUGUUCAGCACGGCCUUCAGGUGCGACUGCAGCUGUUUAAGACUCAGAAUAAGGGCUGGGGAAUACGCUGCCUCGACGACAUCGCCAAGGGAUCCUUCGUAUGCAUUUACGCAGGUAAGAUCCUGACAGACGACUUUGCGGACAAGGAGGGCCUGGAGAUGGGCGACGAGUACUUUGCCAACCUGGACCACAUCGAGAGCGUGGAGAACUUCAAGGAGGGCUACGAGAGCGAGGCGCACUGCUCCGACAGCGAGGGCAGUGGCGUUGACAUGGCCCGGCUCAAGCUGAACAACGCCGCGACCGCCGCCACGCAGCUCAAGACCGCCGUCAAGAACGAGAACGACAGCAGCAGCAACGGAAACGGCAAAGGCAAGGAUGAGUCGUCAGGAGAAGGCGAUGACAAUGACAACGAGGAUUCCAAUGACGAGUCUGACAGCUCAGACGACACCUUCAAGAAGGACACACACUACUCCUCCAGCUCCGUAUGGAGGAGUUACACCACCCGCCGCCAGGCCAAAGGCGUUAAGGAAGAGAGCCAGGACGGCAUGAGUGUGUCUACAGAGGGUAGAGAGGACCGUAAGAAGCCUCCUGUCCCCGAGGAGAGCGGCAAGAGCAAAGUGGCAUCAUGGCUCAGCUCCAACGUCAAGACCGAGGGCGUCAAAAAGGAGUCCACGGAUCAGAAGCAAAGCGAUAUGCAAGAUGGUCCCAAAUUUAAAAGGACUGAUCAUUAUGGUGACCCAGUUCUCACAUCAAAUGGGAACUGCAAAGCGGCCUGCAAAUACUGCGGUUAUCCAGUCUGUGGUUCCUUAAAAGCAUGCGGGAAUUUCAAACGACACAUCCAGGCAAAACACCCCGACAUCUAUGCGGCGUGGUAUGGAACCGGCACAAACGAAGAUGAAGACCGUCGUCCUUCGUCGUCCACUUCCAAUGUGAAAACGGAGGGAGGGAAGACUGGAGCCACGGAUGUGAUGAGUCUGUCUGACAGUGAUGAUGAUGAUGUUCAGACCAUCAGCUCUGGCUCUGAUGUCAAGGACAAGAAGCCUCCGCCGGUGAUUAAGAGGCAGGUGGCGGUGAAGUCUACUCGUGGCAUCGCCCUGAAGGGCUCCCAUGGCAUGAUGAUCAGGGCGGGGCCUGUCAAGAGCCAAUUAGAAUUAUUGGCCAAGGCGGGCUCAGGCUCGGCCCCUCAAAGCUCUCUGGAGGGGGGUAAAGGAGGGGGCGGGGACUCGGGCCCCAAGUGCACACGUCAGUUCUUCGACGGAGAGGAGUCCUGUUACAUUAUCGACGCCAAACUGGAGGGAAACCUCGGACGCUACCUCAAUCAUAGCUGCAGUCCCAACCUGUUUGUGCAGAAUGUGUUCGUGGACACCCAUGAUCUCCGUUUCCCCUGGGUAGCCUUCUUUGCCAGCAAGCGUAUCCGGGCGGGCACGGAGUUGACGUGGGAUUAUAACUACGAGGUGGGCAGUGUGGAGGGCAAAGAACUGCUCUGCUGCUGCGGCUCCACAGAGUGCCGCGGACGCCUCCUCUAGUACGUGUGUGUGUGUGUGUGCGUGUGCGUGUGCGUGUGCGUGUGUGUGUGCGUGUGUGUGUGUGUGUGUGUGUGUGUGUGUGUGUGUGUGUGUGUGUGGAGGGCAAAAUGCGGCUCUGUUGCUAUGGAUGUACAGAAUGUCGCGGACACCUUCUCUAGUCCUCCUGUUGCGUGCGUGCGGAGGGCAAAGACCUGCUGUGGCUCCACCGGGCACACUUUCUCUAGUCGCCAUGGUUACGCCAUCACAUUGCCAAGGGGCGCCUCUCCUAAAUGCCACGCAUCGUCAUGAUGUUACACCAUCACCUCAUCUGUGGCAACGGCAGAACCCUGGACACAGAAUAGAAGAAGAGCAGUUAAAAAAAAAAAGAUUGGACUUGGAACAUUUUUGGAGAACUACUGGACAGAGUUCUUGUUGUUGUUGCUGUUUUUGCUCAGACUGGGCUGAAUGUAGGAGAGGGGUGGGGCAUGUGCCCCGAAGCCGUGCUUAGUGGCCUGGGAAGCCCCGUAGGAUAGGACACUAAAUCAGCAGGGUCAGCAGCGGCCUGUGCAUCCCUAGAGACGGCCUAGCAACCAAGAGGACAUCGACACAGGCUGGACUACAAGUCCUGUGUUUGUUACUGGACCACAGGUCCCACGAUGCUGUUCUGCAGACUGAAUUACCUCCCUGCUGAGCCUGAGGCACUCACUGGCACUCGCCUCUAUCACUCUAUCUCUUUUCUUCUUCCCCUCUCUCUCUCUCUCUCUCUCUCUCUCUCUCUCUCUCUCUCUCUCUCUCUCUCUCUCGCUCUCUCAUGUCUGCAGUGCACUGUGAACUGUUUUGCAAGUGGACAUCAGUAUGUUGCCUUUGCCUCUGCCCCUUUUUCUUUCUUCUUUCGUGGUAUCGCUCAUUCUCUCUGCCCUCAUCCAUCUCUUUAUCUGCUUGUAUAGCUCCCUCCCUCUGUGUCUCUUCUCUUUCUCUUUCUCUGCCCUAUUUUUUAAUCUCUUUCUCUUUCUCUCUAUUUCCUUCUUGUGAACACAUCCAUUGCCUUGGUUCCAAAUAUCUGCUCUGUUUAUUGUUUUGUAUUUUUCCUGAUUAUGUUUUUUUAUAUAUAUAAUGUAACUUUGAUUUUUGUUUUGUGUGCUCCUGCCCAGGCCUGUCAUUAUGUACCUUUGUGUUAAUAAAAGUUCCACACUGAAGGACCAAA